AGAACUACGUAAGCCGAUGACGCAAGCAGCUAUCGUGAAUAACGUGUAGUGGUGGAGGAACCACAUGGCGUCAGCUAGCAGUGGCGGAAGAAAGACACAAAAGUGUCGCGUUUGCACUGACUUUAGCUCGUGGAGCAGAACCCAGGCCAGCAAGCAGGAGGACCCAGAGGCAAAUAACAGGGGCUGCCCACCAGAUGGGGUUGAGCUGGGUAGAUGUUCCUGGAUGUUCCUCCACACCAUUGCUGCCUACUAUCCAGAGACGCCGUCACAGGAUCAGCAGACUGACAUGAGGCAGUUCAUUCACCUCUUCUCCAAGAUCUAUCCCUGCCAGGAGUGUGCAGAGCACAUGCAGCUGAGGUUAAAGGUGAGUCCGCCAGCCACAGAAAACAGGAUACAGUUCUCCCAGUGGAUGUGCAACCUGCACAACGAUGUCAACGUGAGACUGGGCAAGCCGAUAUUUGACUGCUCCAGGGUUGACGAACGCUGGCUAGACGGAUGGAAAGACGGCUCCUGCGAUUAGCUAGUACAUUAGCUAGUACAUGCACACAUGUGCACAACCUGUUAUCCAACUGUCUCUCUCUCUCGUAAGUGUGUGUGACGUAAGUUAGCGUAACAUGAUCCGAGGUUUUGAUAAAACAAAGCCGUUUUGUUGUUUCUUUCUCGUUCGUUUCCUUCUUCGUCCACAAUGGACCCUGGUGUCCCGCGUAAUUGCUCAUCUAUGCACGAGAUUGAAGAAGCAGCUGCACUUUUUUGUCGAUAUGGCAUAGCUUUCUUGCUGGUAUGUCUUCUAUUUACUUUUCAUACAUGGCUGUAAUUUA